AUGGAGCCGCUGCGGUCCGAAAAGGAUGUAAGAAGCUUCCUCGGCAAGGGGCAGUUUAUCAGUCGGUUCAUUGCCAAGUUAACUUCAACCUGUGAACUAAUUUUUCACCUACUCAAGAAAGGUGUGUCAUUCAGACGGGACGACAAGUGCCAGAAAGCUUUUGAGGUAAUUCGAACUUAUUUGCAAAACCCACCGGCACUAACACCCCCCACAUCAGGAAAACCUUUGAUCCUAUACCUGUCAGUCAGUCCGUCCUCUAUGGGGUGUAUGUUGGCACAGGAAGGAGAUGAUGGAAUUGAAACAACUAUCUACUAUCUGAGCAAAAAGAUGGUUGGAUAUGAAGAGCGUUAUACUCCGUUGGAAAAGAUAUGUUGGGCACUUGUCUGGGCUUUCAAGAAAUUGAGACAUUAUAUGCUAGCCUACCCAGUAAGGCUAAUUUCUCGAAUGGAUCCCCUCAAGAAGUCCGUAAAAGGAAGAGCUGUUGCUGAAUUCUUAGCUGACUGCCUAGUUGAAAGAGGUGAAGAUGCCGAGUUUAAGUUUCCCGAUGAAGACAUAAUGACUAUAGCAGAAGAUGUUUGGAAGUUGUACUUCGACGGGGCUGCUAAUCAGAAAGGGUUUGGAAUUGGCAUGUUGCUAAUAGCACCCGAUGGGUCCCACAUUUCACUCGCAUUCAAGCUAAAUUUUGAAGUCACCAACAAUCAAGCAGAGUACGAGGCAUGCAUUGUAGGUAUGGAAGCAACAAUCGAAAUUGGUAUAAAGAAAUUGGAAGUGAUGGGAGACUCCAACUUGGUAGUGUCGCAGGCUAAUGGUGAAUGGAAAGUCAAAGAAGAGAAGUUAAAGCCAUACCAUCAAGAUGUAGAGGAUCUCAUUUCUCUAUUCAAUAAGGUAACUUUUACUCAUGUACCGAGGCUCAAGAAUCAAUUUGAGAAUGCCUUGGCAAUGCUAGCAUCCAUGGUUGAGAUUCCUAUCGGUGUAAAACUAAGGCCAAUUAUGAUCGAACAAAGGGAUACACCGGUAUAUCAUCAUGUCAUGGUCGUUGAUGAGCCUGAUGAUGGUCACCCUUGGUAUUAUGACAUUUGGAGAUUCAUGGAAAGAGGAGAAUACCCCAUUGGAGCGAGCAAGAAAGACAAAAUCUCUCUCCAGAGGAUGGCAGCCCAAUACAUCAUUUGCGGGGUCGGAGGUCGCACUGCGGUGUGCACAAGUUAUGCAUCCAUGGAGCCAAAGCCAAAAGGGUAA